GCAACCAUCUGCAAAAAUUUAUUUAUUUUUUGCCGGUAUUGAGACCGUAUACAUUUAUGGUAAAACAGUGGAGAUAGAGAAUACAAGAUUCCAGUCACCGAACAGUAUGUGAAGUUUGGAAAUCCGCCAUAGGAGGAGGUGAGAUGCAGCUCCAAUCAGUAUGGGCCUGUGAAAAUAGGUGGACACGACCUGACUACCACUGGUGGGGGAGGAGGAGAAAAGCUUCUCUUGUGAAGUGGAAUUGGAUGUGUGGGGAACACAACAGGAGGUGGAUGUGGUGACUCUGCAGCAUCAGAUUUCAUGACAGCAACGGGAGAUUUAGGAGGAGGACGGGUGUAGCUGGUGUCUGAUGCUUCACGUCCGCUGCAGGCUUGUAAGAAUUGCGUCCUUUGUUCCACUUCGAGGCGCAGUCGCUUCCUUCCUCUUGCUUCCUCUUUCCAUCUCUGCUUGUAAGAAUUGCGUCCUUUGUUCCACUUCGAGGCGCAGUCGCUUCCUUCCUCUUGCUUCCUCUUUCCAUCUCUGCUACGUUGAUGUCGGCCGUCUUUGUCAUGAUCCCCGACAUGUCUAUCAGCAUCAAUUCUGUAUUUGUGGUCGUCGUCGUGGUUAUGCUUCUCGUCCUUGCCGUGGUACUCUGUGCUGUUCUUCUUAUAGUGCUCAUCGUUGUGCUAUAACUUGCGGUUGCGCUUACAGGCGCUUACAGUCGCGUUUUCUCCAGCUGAGCACCUCACCCUCCCAGUGAUAACAAGUAGCGUCAGAUCUCGCCGAUGUAGACCUACUGAUAUGUACAUUCUGGAAGCACCCCAUGUUUGAAUUGCUGUUCCCUCAUGAGUGACCUCAGGGUUGCGCUUGCCACGAAGGCAGCAGGAGGCCACACUGGUGACUGCGAUGCAAAGAUGACUUUAAUAACACGGCUACUAUAUUCCUGAGAUCCACUGUAGUGUGCAACGUGCUAUUACGGUUUGACUAAUUACACACAAAACAUGUCAGGAAACGAAACCCUUGGCAUGCUAAA